CCAUGAGGGAGUGCACCAGCAACAUAUAAAGUGCUCAUAAAGGGCAGCUUGUUGUCUAGGUGGGAGUGGGGUUAGUUAUUCUGCUCAGUAACAACAUGGAGGAGAUGAAAGAAGAGGUGAGUGAUAACCACAACCAGCUGAACAUGGAAGGGGCUCUGAUCGCCCGGGACAGAGUUGGGGUACAGGACUUCGUUCUUUUGGAUUCCCACACCAGUGAGGCUGCUUUCUUGGAGAACCUUCGCAAGCGAUACAGAGAGAACCUCAUCUACGUAAAUCUGCAUGCUUUUAUGACUUCAUCUUUCAUGGCAAUACUGGUACUUGUGUCUAGAAGAUACUGUGAACUAACAUGUAAUUGUGGGAAGGUGACAUGCCUCAGACUACAAACUGCUUACAAGUCAGAUCAAAGAACAUAUAUUGGUACCCUUCUAGUAUCUGUGAAUCCCUACAAAGAGUUGGAUUUCUACUCCGUUAAACAGAUGGAGAUCUAUCAAGGGGUCAACUUUUUUGAACUGCCACCACAUAUAUAUGCCAUAGCUGACAAUGCCUACCGGAUAAUGUGUGCUGAAUACAAUAACCACUUCAUCCUCAUCUCUGGGGAGAGUGGAGCUGGGAAAACAGAAGCCUCCAAGAAGAUCUUGCAGUACUUUGCAGUGACCUGCCCAACUACGGAACAGCUGCAAAUAGUCCGUGAUCGCCUGCUGCUCUCCAAUCCAGUGCUGGAGGCUUUUGGAAAUGCAAAAACUCUGCGUAAUGACAACUCAAGUAGGUUUGGAAAAUACAUGGAUAUCCAAUUUGAUUUUAAGGGAGCUCCAGUAGGAGGGCACAUCCUCAGUUACCUGAUUGAGAAAUCCCGAGUUGUUCAUCAAAACAAUGGGGAACGGAAUUUCCAUAUCUUCUACCAGUUGCUGGAGGGUGGGGAAGAUGACCUGCUUCGCUGGCUAGGACUGGAACGCAACCCACAGAAGUACAUGUAUCUUAUACAGGGUCAAUGUGCCAAAGUGUCUUCCAUUAAUGACAAGAGUGACUGGAAAACAGUCAACAAAGCCUUCUCUGUCAUUGACUUCACUGAAACAGAUAUUGAGCAUCUCUUUGGGGUCAUUGCCAGUGUCCUGCACCUGGGGAAUAUUCAGUAUGAAGAAGAUAGUAACGGUCAUGCCAUCAUCACCAACAGCAGCCAGAUCAAAUGGAUCUCAAAGUUAUUGGGCGUCCACUUAUCCAUUCUACAGGAAGCUCUUACUCACAAAAAGAUAGAAGCCAGAUCAGAAGAGGUCCUAAGUCCCCUGAACGUAGACUUGGCAUUCUGCGCUCGGGAUGCAGCAGCUAAGGCGAUUUAUGGACGGACUUUUACUUGGCUAGUCAACAAAAUUAAUGGAUCUUUAGCCAACAAGGACCUCACCAGGAAAACGGUGAUUGGGCUGCUUGACAUCUACGGGUUUGAAGUGUUUGAUACAAACAGUUUUGAACAGUUCUGCAUCAAUUACUGCAACGAAAAGCUCCAGCAGCUGUUAAUCGAAAUGACUCUGAAGGCAGAGCAGGAGGAAUAUGAGAUGGAAGGCAUAGAGUGGGAGCCAAUUCCAUAUUUCAACAACAAGAUCAUCUGUGACUUGGUUGAAGAGAAACACAAAGGAAUAAUCUCCAUACUGGAUGAAGAAUGUUUACGGCCUGGUGAAGCAACUGAUUUAAGUUUCCUGGAAAAGUUGGAAGAGAAAGUAGGAGAUCAUGCCCACUUCCUGACCCGCAAGCUUGCAGAUCAAAAGACACGAAAAUCAAUUGACUGGGUGGAUUUCCGUCUCCUUCACUAUGCAGGGGAGGUCACUUACUGCGUAGUAGGAUUCCUAGAGAAGAAUAACGAUCUCCUGUACAGAAACUUAAAAGAGGUACUGUGCAAGUCUAAAAAUGGCAUAAUUAAAGAAAGUUUUCUUCCAUCUGAGCUAGACAACAGGAGACGGCCUGAGACUGUUGCAACCCAGUUCAAAAACAGCCUGGCUAGCCUAAUCGAAAUCCUGAUGUCCAAGGAGCCUUCUUAUAUCCGGUGUAUUAAACCCAACGAGGGCAAAGAGCCUGGAAAGUUUGAUGACGUCCUGAUAAGACACCAGGUGAAGUACUUGGGGUUGAUGGAGCACUUGCGGGUGAGGCGAGCUGGCUUUGCAUACCGGCGAAAGUAUGAACUCUUCUUGCAAAGGUACAAGUCCCUGUGCCCGGCUACUUGGCCUCAUUGGCAUGGACCAGCAGCUGAUGGUGUGGAGAGGCUCAUAAAGCACAUUGGGUACAAGCCUGAAGAAUACAAACUAGGAAGAACGAAAAUAUUCAUUCGUUUCCCAAGGACUCUGUUUGCUACAGAAGAUGCAUUUGAAUACAGCAAACACCUGCUAGUUACGAAAAUACAGGCCAGAUACAAAGGCUGCUUAGGGAAGAGAGUAUACAAGAAACAGAAGGAAGCAGCUAUUAAGCUCGAGGCCUGCUGGAGAGGGGUGCUGGCACGCAAAGAGGCCAAGAGGAGAAUGUGGGCUAUUGAGACCAUCAAAAGGUUUAUAAAAGGCUUCAUCAAUCGAAAAAAUCCCCUUUGCCCAGAAAACGAUGAGUUUAUAAGCUUUGUGCAGUACACCUAUCUCAGGAAGCUCAGAGAUCACGUUCCCAAAAAUGUCUUGGACAAGAACUGGCUCAAGCCUCCUGCUAUCUUGGAAGAGACCUCUGAGAUGCUGAAGAAAAUCUGCAUGAGGAACCUAGUGCGAAAAUAUUGUCAAGGGAUUACAGCUGAGAAGAACGCCCAGUUGCAGCAAAAAGUAGCAGCGAGUGCCAUUUUCAGAGGGAAGAAGGACGGCUACCUGCAGAGCGUAAGCCAGCUCUUUGCAGACACCAGGCUACGUGAGGAAGACAUAAACCCCAAAGUACUGCAACUAAUUCGUGGGGAGAAGGUCAAGUAUGUGACGCCAGUGGUAAAAUACGACAGGAACGGGUUUAAAGCAAGAGAACGGCAACUUGUUCUGACCCAGUCAGCAGCUUAUGUGGUGGAAAUGGCCAAGAUCAAACAGAAAAUAGACUAUGCAACUCUGAAAGGUAUUUCUACCAGCAAUCUGAGUGAUGGGCUCUUCGUCAUCCACGUUCCUGAGGACAACAAACAGAAGGGAGACGUGAUCCUUCAGUGUGAGCACAUCUUUGAGACCGUCACAAAGCUCUGCAUGCUGGCCAAUAAGCAGAAUGCUGUCCAAGUUGUUCAGGGAAGCCUCCAGUUUCACAUCAGUUCUGGGAAAGAAGGGAUGAUAGCUUUCACAACUGGGCAGGAGCCUCAGAUCUAUAAAGCCAAAAAUGGACACCUAACAGUGGUGUCAACCAGAACAAAGUCCUGAGGGUGAACAGGAAUUCCUGCUUUGCUUAUCACCAUCUUUGCUCAUAACAGAAAGGAACCCACUGGAUGAGAUCAGCACUGACAUCUUCCAGCUGAAAGCUUUCUGCUGCCAUAAGACUGAGAUUUGAAUUCACCUGCAUCUUUUCAGCUUUUGGGUUUUUUUAACUAAAGUUAAUCAACUGUAGCUGUAACAUUCAAAUUGAUGUAGAUUUGAGUUACUAGUACUAAAUUUCAUAAAUCUGUUUAACCCAAA